AUGCUCACGAAGAUGCUCGUCAACAAGGGGAGAAAUGCUGAAAUAAAGAAGAUGGGCGAUUCAGGGAAUUGUCAAAAGGACCCAAAAGAAGAGAAAAAUCUCGACGAACCGAUGUCAUCAAAUCCACAAAAAGAGAAAGAAAUCGGAAAUGAACAAAGCAAGACUGUUCAAGUAAAAGAGGAGCCGAUUGAGGAAAACGAUGAUAUCACUUCAAAAUGGAUUUUCGACGAUUCAAGCAAUUCACCGCCUUUCACGGGUGAAAUGAAAAGGGUUGAAGUGGUCGAUCAGAUUCACGAUUACACCUUCCCUUGCCAAGUUCCUGACUAUUUUGGAGUUGAUUUGGAGGAUCGAGUCUCGCGAAAUGAGAACACGCCAAAGGAAAAAUUUCACACCAUCGACAUCUUGACAACACAUAUGGUCAUAUUGCUCGCUAUUAUCAAUGUUUUUGGGAAGAAAAUAGCGGAAAGAAGGCCAAUUUAUUUCUAUAUAAUUCGUGAAAGACUUGAUUUUUCUUUGGACAAAUAUUACGCACAUAUCUCUAAAGAUGAUGGUUCAAGUGGUGAGCGCAAACGUGAUCACCGGCUACUCUCAGCAUUAUUCGUGCAAAUUUUGAAAGCUCUCCAAUUUCUACAAGAACAUGAUAUCAUUCAUCGAGAUAUUUCCCCAAAAAAUAUUGGUGUCAAUCAAAAUGGUUUUCUUAUAAAGUUGAUCGAUUUUGGAUGCUCGAGAAAGCAAAGUCCGAGUCUUGAACACACACUGCAACCGGGAGCUGAUUAUUUGUAUCAAGCACCAGAAAUGUUAGCUGGAAAGCCAUACGAUACAAAGGUCGAUAUUUGGUCAACAGCUGUCGUUGGAAUCGAAAUGUUAGGUUGUAAAGUGUUGACUCCAACUGGAUGGAGUCCGCAUACGAUUAAAGCUGAUAUGUUGAAAAGGAUUCUGAAAGUUUGUGGAUGGCAGAAAAGUGAUCAAUACGAGCAAGUGUAUGACAAUGUGUUCCACGAUGAACUCGGUUUACGUAAACCGAUGUUGCCACAAUUUGAAAAGGAGAUUCCGACGAAACGGCUGGAGCCAGAUCGGGGACCGUUGACAAAGGAUCACUUCUUGGAUUUGGUUAAAAUAAUGCUCUCUGUCGACCCACGAAAGCGGCCAAACGCCGAGAAAUGUCUCAUGGAGGCAAAAUAUCUCCAGGUGAUGAAUCGCAAAUAUGACGAGGUUCACAAUGUGCCAAGUCCUAGAGAGUCUUUUUUGGAACUGACUGGCAUGACUAUGACGAACCACCAACAAAUCUCCAAAACGACGAGGAAAAAGAAGCGCGAAGUUAAACGAAUUUUUCAUUUU